GUCAAUUUCUAUCGACACAUGUUCGUUGUGUGAAUCUCUAGAGAGAUGCAGGACAUAUGGCUAUUCUGCCUCGAAUAGUCAAUCUCAGGAAGAGCUUGACAACUGUCGAUAUACUCUCUUUCACCAAGAAUGUAGCUCCUGCUCACGGCAUGAGAAUCGUGAUAGGGAAAGUGAAAGCCUAUGUGAGAUGUGCCAGCACAUGCGCCUUGGUCAUCUCCUCCGCUGCAGACAGUAUGAACCACCACUCAACAAGGAACAGUGCAGACACGAAAGAUUGUCCCCAUUCAAAGCCAGAAUAAAUUUCGGUACAUGGGAUGAGCUGAUUCGUCGCUCGAGGAACUGUCGAGUCUGCAGUGCAUUGGUGAAAAAGGCUUCAAAGGAUGGACCUUUCGAUGCUGGUUUGAGAACGGAACUGGAAAUUGGUCUUUAUAAUGUUCAUCUGGGGAUGCCAUAUAAUUUUGAUCUUUUGUUCACAAUUGAGGAUAAUCAAAGCAGGCUUUCAGUCUUCUGACUGUGGUGUGGACUGACGAGGUUACAGCAAGUGACUUGCGCA